CAUAAGAUCAGUCUGAGGAGGAGAUGUGAACGUGUGACUGAAGGAAGUGAUGAAACAGGAAGUAGAACCCUCCUCAACAGGAUCUACACUGAGCUCUACAUCACAGAGGGACAGAGUGAAGAGGUUCAUACCCAACAUGAGGUGAGGCAGCUGGAGACAGCUUCCAAGAUGGACGCCCUCCAUGACGCUCCAAUCAGGUGCCAGGACAUCUUUAAAGCCUUACCUGACCAACAGAGACCCAUCAGAGUGGUUCUGACCAACGGCGUGGCUGGUGUUGGAAAAACCUUCUCAGUGCAGAAGUUCACUCUGGACUGGGCAGAGGGCUUGGAGAACCAACAUGUCAGUGUGGUGGUUCUGCUUUCAUUCAGGGAGCUGAACCUGAUCAGAGAUGAGCAGUACAGUCUUCUGGAGCUGCUCCAUGUUUUCCAUCCAACAUUACAGAAGGUCACAGCAGAGAAGCUGGCUGUCUCUCAGCUUUUGUUCAUCUUUGACGGCCUGGAUGAAAGCAGACUUUCAUUGGAUUUCACCAACAGGAAGCUGCUGUCUGAUGUCACACAGAAGUCAUCAGUCAGCCAGCUGCUGACAAACCUCAUCCAGGGGAAUCUGCUUCCCUCGGCUCUCGUCUGGAUAACUUCCCGACCUGCAGCGGCCAAUCAGAUCCCUCCUACAUGUGUCGACAGGCUAACAGAAGUACGAGGCUUCACUGACGCCCAGAAGGAGGAGUACUUCAGGAGGAGAUUCAGUGAUGAAGAGCUGUCCAGCAGAAUCAUCUCCCACAUGAAGACAUCCAGGAGCCUCCACAUCAUGUGUAGUAUCCCACUCUUCUGCUGGAUCACUGCUACAGUUCUGGAGCACAUGUUGACUACAGAGCAGAGAGGAGAGCUGCCCAAGACCCUGACUGACAUGUACUCACACUUCCUGCUGGUUCAGACAAAGAGGAAGAAGAACAAGUACCAUGAGGGACAUGAGACGAGUCCACAGGAGCUGACGGAGGCUGACAGGGAAGUUCUUCUGAAGCUGGGGAGGCUGGCGUUUGAACAUCUGGAGAAAGGAAACAUCAUGUUCUACCAAGAAGACCUGGAGCAGUGUGGUCUGGAUGUGACAGAGGCCUCGGUGUACUCAGGAGUUUGUACAGAGAUCUUCAAAAGAGAGUGUGUGAUCUUCCAGAAACCAGUCUACUGCUUUGUUCAUCUGAGCAUUCAGGAGUUUCUGGCUGCAGUCUACAUGUUCCACUGUUUCACCAGCAGGAAGACUGAGGUGCUGAAGGACUUCCUGGGACAAAAGUACAAUGGGUCAUCUCUGGAUGAUUUCCUUAAACGAGCCAUGGAGAAAUCCCUCCAGAGUAAAAAUGGCCACCUGGACCUGUUUGUCCGCUUCCUUCAUGGCCUCUGUCUGGAGUCCAACCAGAGACUCUUAGGAGGUCUGCUGGGUCAGACAGAGAUCAGUCCAGGAAUCAUCCAGAAAGUCACCAAGAACCUGAAAAAUAACAAGACAUUUAAAUCUUCUCCUGACAGAAGCAUCAACAUCUUCCACUGUCUGAUGGAGAUGAACGACCUCUCAGUUCAUCAGGAGAUCCAACAGUUCCUGAAGUCAGAGAAAAGGUCAAAGGACCUCACUAUGAUCCACUGCUCAGCUCUGGCCUUCAUGCUGCAGAUGUCAGAGGAGGUUCUGGAUGAGUUGGACCUGCACAAGUACAAAGCUUCAAAGGAGGGACGACUGAGACUGAUUCCAGCUGUGAGGAACUGCAGAAAGGCUCGACUGACCAGGUAUCGACUCUCAGAGACUCACUGUGAAGUUGUGGCCUCAGCUCUGAAGUCCAACCCCUCCCAUCUGACAGAGCUGGACAUGUGUAACAACAACCUGCAGGAUUCAGCAGUGAAGCUUCUGUGUGCUGGACUGGAGAGUCCAAACUGUCGACUGGAGACUCUGAGAUUGAAGGACUGUAAUUUUUCAGAGAUCAUCUGUGAUUAUCUGGCAGCAGCGCUGAAGUCCAACCCCUCCCAUCUGAGAGAGCUGGACCUGAGUCACAACAACAACCUGCAGGAUUCAGGAGUGAAGCAUCUGUGUGGUUUCCUGGAGAGUCCAGGAUGUGGACUUGAAACUCUGAGAUUGAGGCUCUGUGGUUUGUCAGAGAUCAGCUGUGAUUAUCUGGCAGCAGCACUGAAGUCCAACCCCUCCCAUCUGAGAGAGCUGGACCUGAGUAGUGACUCCUGGUCGUCGAGUAAGAACAACCUGCAGGAUCCAGGAGUGAAGCAUCUGUGUGGUUUCCUGGAGAGUCCAGGAUGUGGACUUGAAACUCUGAGAUUGGAGCGCUGUGGUUUGUCAGAGAUCAGCUGUGAUUAUCUGGCAGCAGCGCUGAAGUCCAACCCCUCCCAUCUGAGAGAGCUGGACCUGAGUAACAACAACCAGCUGCAGGAUUCAGGAGUGAAGCAUCUGUGUGGUUUCCUGGAGAGUCCAGGAUGUAAACUUGAAACUCUGAGAUUGAAGGACUGUAAUUUUUCAGAGAUCAUCUGUGAUUAUCUGGCAGCAGCGCUGAAGUCCAACCCCUCCCAUCUGAGAGAGCUGGACCUGAGUCACAACACCAACCUGCAGGAUUCAGGAGUGAAGCAUCUGUGUGGUUUCCUGGAGAGUCCAGGCAUCGCAGCGGCUAAAACCAUUAUCAACUGCAAAUUAUGCCGGGAGACAGUCACAGCAAAGAAAUGA